CGAAUGACAGGUUCUCCUUGAUUGCUAUUGUUUCAUAUGUUGCUGAUUUUGAAGCAUUUUCACAAGCCAGCAUGGAAUCAUUGUCUCUUGGAACACUAUAAAAGAUUAUGGGCAGGCAAUUGGGACCAAGGCUUCUUGGUAGGGCUGAUGAUUCUAUGCAUUUUGCUGCAGUCAUAAUGCGGAUAAGGGAGCUGAAAACAACAGCUUUAAUAUUUGUGUCCGUUAAAAUGGGAAUUCCAGCUAGUGUCCAGAUUUUUUCCCAUGACAAGGAUGCACAGGCUCAGCCUGUUGCUUGGCGAAGUUUUUUCCGGUGCUCCACGGUGCAACUGCACUGGAACUAUGGUGCAACAGGACUUCCGACAGCGGCACAAUCGAAUGUUGAUAAAACCAACCACAGUUACUGUGGUGAAUCGAAGCUGAAUUACUUGACAAUUGAUGGGAGCCAUGAAGGACUUGUGCCUCUACGUAUGAUUUUCAAGUUAAUUGGCUGACCUUAUUAAUCUACCAUUCUUUGUUUGCAUUUGCAAGUGAAAUUGCUGAUUUUAUAGAUGGGUUACAGGUAAAGAAGGGCCUGUCCGUGAUAAGUGGGUCUUUGGCCGAUUUACUUUUAUGUCCAAUCUCGCAUUUAAGCAUGUAGCAAGCUGGUUGUGUGCAUGUGUAUGCAAAAUCAUCAUGCCAUUAGUUUUAGUCUAAAUGCAUAGAUUAAGUUGAAUGUGAUCAAUCUUCAAGGUGGUAUGUUACACUUCAGCUUUGUUGAAUGUAGGAUGGCCAUUUAAGAGUUUUCAAGUGGCUAGUGCGGAAGUCCUUCUGGA